AUGGGCUGGUGUAACUUCUGGCUUGAGCGAGCCCGUCUCCCCGUCCUCUCCGAUCUAUCCGUCGACUUUGGCAGCGGCGCGGUGCUCUCUUCUCUGCUGGAGAUUUUGUCUGGGAAGCCGGUGCCGGACAUCAGCUUAGCCGGUUCUACCAAGGAUCACGUCGCCAACCUCGAAUCCUGCUUUUCGUUCAUGAGGCGAGAAAACGUGCUCCUUCUCCACAUCAUCCAGCCACAGGACAUUCACGACGGGAAGCUCACCUCCGUGUUUGCCCUGAUCUGGGCGCUGAUCGUCUACUACGGCAUCAUCAGGCCGUUGAGCUACGAAGAAGCCGCCCCGAGCGAGCUUCACGGGCCGAUCUCGCUGGCCACGGCGGAGAAGCUGCUGGCGCGCCGCGUCAACCUCUUCCUGACUCACGAAGACAGGGCGGGCAAGAAGGGCAAGAAGAAGCGAAAAGAGGCUGCGACCCUGCGUGCGGCGCUAUUCAACUACGAGACGGCGCUCGAGAGCGGCAGCCUCUUCUCCAGCCUCAUCGCCAAGGUGAAGCCCCGACUGCUUACCGCCAAGGGCGACGGAGGAAAGGAGCGCAAGCGGAGGGAUGUCGGCGCCGUACUCGCACUCGACUCCGCGCUUGACCUCCUCCGCCGAAAGUGGGGCCUUCCUGCCUUCUUCGCCGAGCGCGACUACGCCGCGUGCCUGCGCGAGAAGAAGCCGGUCCUGGCGUAUGUCACGCUGUGCCUCCACGCCCUUCGCCCCGCGCCCUCGCCAUCGUCGUCGGAGCCCAACAACAACGCCAGCGGCGUCUCGAGCAGCAGUAGCAGCAGCGCGAUCACUGCCUUCGUGGGAACGAACAGCGGCGUGGUGUCAUCGAGCGCGCUGCUGGCCGCCGUGGACUCAGCUGCGGGUCGCGAGCCGGUGGAGGACAUGAAGCUGCGGCGAUCCAACUCCACCGGCCUGCCCUCGUCUCGAAGCGGCGUACACUCGCUCGCUGCCGCCGCUGCCAUCGCAACCAGCAGCGACAGCAGGAGCCAAGCCGCCGCCGGUGGUACUGGCACCGCGAACGAGAGCUCACGAAAGCGGAGCCUGUCGGAAGUGCUCCGCAGGAGUGCCCUCGGGCUGCUCAAUCGAGCGAUCGCAAUGGCCGACGACAAGCAGCCGCCGCAGGAGCAACAACCACAAGUGCAGAUGCAACGCACGGAAGAGGCAGGAGCCAGCCAGGUGGAACUACCGCGGCCAGCCAAGAAGCAGAAGGCCCGCAAGAGGCGGCCCAAGACGCUUGACGAGCGGCCGCGUCGGCGGAAGAAGGACAAGGACGCAGCGCCGAAAGCGGAGUUGGAGGAGAAACCGGCGACGAAGAGCCCACGCGAGACCCUCGUGGACUCACUGGCCAGCACCCAGCAAGAGCAGCCGCUGAUGAGCACCGCGUGCUGCGAGGGCGUGACCACCAUCGCCACCCACGACGCAGCAGCAUCCAAUCCAUCGAUCGUCACAGAGCAGCCACCGCAGCCGAGCGCAGAUGGCGGAGGGAGCGAGCAGCCGCCGGCGGAGAGCGGACCGGGCGCGAAGAAGAAGACGAAGAAGAGCAAGCAGCGGAGGGAACGGAAGGAGGCCAAGGCCAGCGCCAAUGAGGAGCGAAAGCUGCGGCGCGGCAAGGACUCGCUGGGUAGCGACAGCGUCGAGGCGACGCCCGUAAUCGAGACCGCCACCGACAGUGCUGCCAAGGAGGGCGGUCCGGUCUCGAAGGAGAGCGGCGGCGGGCUGACGGUGAGUGGCCUGCUGCGUAAGAAGGACCGGAAGGAAAAGGGCGUCGAGGGCAAGAAGGCCGCGAAGAAGCAGAAGAAGGGCUCCAAGCUCAUGAACCUCAUCACGCGGCCGCGGGGCAAGAGUCGGGCUGACACCCUCGAGGCCGGCUGGGUCGAGCACGCGGCCCGGGCCGCCAGCCUCAUCGCCCAGGAAGACGCCACAGCGGCAGCGCCACCCGAAGCCGAGGCCCUGUCCUGCAUCGCCGCGAUCGGCCACACCAGUAGUGACGGCAACAUCGGCAGCGUGGGCGGUGGUAGUGGCGGAGGCGGUGGCAGUGGUACGUUCGCGCAGAAGCUGGAGGCCCUCGCGCGCGUGCUGCUCGACCAGCGACCUAUGACGCAGGCGGAGAGUCUGCACAAGAAGCGGUUCGAGGAGAUGGAAACUACCAUCGAGCAGGUGGUGGCGCUGGUCCAGGCCGAGCUCGACGUCUGGCAGAAGCUGCGCCUCGCCGCGGCCCGCGACAACGUCGCCCCGACGCCUGCGAUCCUCGACCAGGCCAGCUACGAGGGCUCGGUCCGCCGCGCCCUGCAGGAGCUGGUCGUGGCCCAGAGGGAGGUGAAGCGGGUCGUGGCCAUCUCGCCGCUCAUCUCGUCCGGCAGCUCGCUCCACCCGCUGUGGAAGCAGGUCCUUGACUGCCUCCAGCAGCUGGUCAACGAGAUCAAGGCCGAUGCCGGCACGGCCAGCCUGCGGCGCCGGCGGGACAAGGGUGCCUCGAUCCCGACCAUCUCGCUCAUGUCCUACAGCCCCGCGGGCGAGACCACCGACAUCAGCAACGGCUCCGUCGACAACCCGCGCGGCAACGGCGUGGUGGCCCACAAGAGCGGAGGCGAACUGGGCGUUGAGGGCAGGCAACAGCCCUCCCGAUCGCUGUCGGCGUCCAACAACAGCACCACUCCCACCACCGGCGACAAGCCGUCCGCGAGUCAUGGUCGUACGACGGCCGGCGGCGGGGAGAGGACCGGCGGGGUGCUGCUCCGGCUGCGGUCGUUCAACUCGGCCGACGAUGCCAGCAAGCGCUACAAGCCGGCGCGCGAGGCCAAGGCCAAGCCAACCGUUGUACGCUCCAGCACGAGCGACAUCGAACGGACGCCGUCGGGUCCGCCGUCGGGCAAUGGCGCGCAGGGGAGCGGUACCAGCACGAGCGAGAUCCUGGACAGGGACCGGGAUCGAUUCUGGCGCAGCGUGCGCAGUGCCAACAGCAACAAGAAGACGCCCAACGGCCCCGAGGAGCCCCUGGUCGUGACCCUCUGCAAGCAGAACAUCCGGGCCUCGCUCCAACUCCUCCAGAGCGACGUCCUCUCCACCCCCUCUGCCGACGCGCCGGCGGUGCGAGAGGUGGGCCAGGGCAAGGCGGCGCUCAACGGUGAGGCGGCACAGUUGCUGUCCGAUCUGGAGAGCGUGGAGGGCGUGCUGGACAAGCUCUUCCUCGUGUUCUCAUCGGUUGACAGCCUCAAGACCCACAGCCUGGUGGACCUGACGGACUUCUCCAAGCUCAUCUACGACCUCCUCGCCGAGCGCAACGCUGGCAACCUCACCAUUUGGAAGACCAUCAUGCGCGACUCGGGGUCGCUCUUGGAGGAGACCGUGCUCGUGCUCGACUCCAUCCGCCAAAACAACGUCGUCAAAACCAUGCGGCUGAACGCGUGGCAGAACCUGCGAGAGAAGGUGGCCCUGCAGGUGAACCGCCUCAAGCUGGACUUUAAGAAGGACGUGCCUUGGUCAUCCAGCACCUACAACUCCCGGAGCGACGCCUCGUCUGAGGACAUCAUGCGAAUGGUGGAGAAGGAAAUCGCGGGGCUCGAAGUGGAGGUGCGGGAGGAGAAGCAGGCCGCCGCGGAGCAGGAGGCCACGUCAUCAGCCAUUGCGUCGGACCUCCUGCUGGCCGCGGGCGAGGGCUCGUCAGCUUCGUCGUACACCAAAAUGGCGUCGCUGCUGCUGGACAGCCCGCCCGACGAGUCGGUGGUCUCGUCCACGCAGCAGAGCGAGAACGAGCAACAGAUGAACGAAAUCUUCGACUUCCUCCACAAGAAGCUGGCCAACUCCGGACUGGCCCGCUCGCGAAUGAGCUUGCCCGUCGCCAUGCCCACCAUGCCGCCGCCAGUGUGCAACCCCGCACUCACGGACGCGCUCAAGCCCGAGCCUACGCUGCCCCCGCCGACCUCGGCGUCGGGCGUGGCUGUGUUCCACACCAUACCAGAUGUCGCCGACUUGCCGCCGCCGCUGGAGGAAGACGACGGUGCCGACUAUUACGACGUCGACGAGCAGCCGGAGAACCAGAAGAUGAACAACAUCUUCUCCAAGCUACAGCAGAAGCUUGCCAACGAGGGCAUUAAGACGAUCCCGCCCACUCCGCGCUUCGUCUCGUCGGCCGAACAGGCCGUCGUUACCGAGCUCGUCGGCAGCGGUGAGUGCGAGGACCUGCAGCCGCUCUGCGCGCAGGCCACACUCCCCAGCCCGCCCUCGAUCGAGAUGCUUCCCAGCCCGCGGCUCAUGGCCCUCAGCCUCCGCCGCGGCUUGGCCGGUUCGUCAUUGUCGGGACUGGCCGCCGUGUCGAUCCACCUCUACCAUGCGCGCCUGCUGCCCUCUCGACAGCAGGAGCAGGCCGACGCCGACGCCAUCGCCGGGCCGCGACCGCCGCCCAGUGCUCGGGGCGGGCGACUCGACAUGUGCGCUCGCUGCGCACGCCACAUCCCCGACGACCAGCCGCGCCUGCUCGCGUUGGGCCGCGUCUACCACCAGCCUUGCCUGACCUGCACCGGGUGCGGGCGGCUGCUGGAGCGCGAGUUCCACGCCAAGGAGGAGGCGACCUACUGCAGCGAGUGCACCCGCAACCCCGGCACGCAGCCGCGGCAAUCUUCGUCAUCGCUGCCCCCAUCGCUACCAGACUUUGCGCCAUGA